GCAGUAGAACAAUGGAAAAAUGGCUCCAUGAAUCGUAAAAUUUUAACAAGAUCUGAUUACAAUGAUAUAAAAACUACAUUACAAGGCUCAAACACCCAAAAAAAUGCUAACCAAAGAUAUAACAUCAGAAACAAAUUUGUUCUCCAAAAAAUUGGAGAUAAUGAAAUUGUUAUGUGUAUAUGUAAAAAUCAGACAAAAAAAAAUGAUGAUAAUUUAAAACCGUUAUUAGUAAAAGAGGAGCUUUACCAAGUAUUUUGUGGAGUUAAACAAGACCUAAUUGAGUUAUUGGUCAAAAGGUGCCCUACUUGUUCUAGCAGAAAUAACAUUAGACAAUUAACAGUUGCUGGAAAACCAGCAAGAGUAGCCUAUACUUGUUAA